CAGACGGCCAGCCUCCUGGCAGCAGAGACUAUUCCACACAACGCCUCGACGAACACAUACAAACACACAGACAUAGACACACACGCACAAGCGCACACACACACACACACACACACACACACACACACACACACACACACACACACACACACACACACACACACACAAAACAACAUGCGUCAAAGAAAGACCCGCAGCGGCGAGCUUUCGCAGUAACCCUCCUCAACCUCCUCAUCCUCGGGAGAUGAUGGCCAGCCGGUGCGGAGACGCAAACACCGCACUAAACACGACCACCAACCGACGAGACGCCUCCGGUGCGACUGGUGAUGAUGAUGCGACGAAGACCACGAAGAACACCACGGCUCUCCCGCGCUGGAUGCGGCUUUAUUUCUAUGGCAUGCACGGGGUGGCCGUGGACGUCCUGCUGUCUUCAUUCUGGGGGAUCGUUUUCGAGCGGGACCCCAAAUUGGUAGGCUACUCCUCGCCGUACCUGUGCCUCGCUCACUGCCUCACCCACUGGGCGCUGGAGCGGCUCCACGCGCGGAGGAAGCUGUUCCCCGGUGGUCCCGCAGUGUUCUCGCUCGUGCUCUACCCUUGCGUGUACAUUGGCCUGCACAUCCUCCUCCUCGAGAGUGUAAACAUAGGCUCGCGGGCGGGACCGGGGCUCGCGCUGGCUGGGGUGACCCCCUUGCAGAUCGCGGUGCAGUACCUCGUGGCGCUAUACUUCUCCCGCGUCUUCCACCCGUGGCUGUCCCGCCUACGGUACCACCACCCCCGCCCCCACCCCGGCUUCACGGAGCACAAAAACGGGGUUCAGGUGGCCGAGCAUGGGGGCCUCAAGGGUAUCCCGGAACACGGACUCAACGGUCUCCCGGACAUGGCCCACUUGGUGUUCUACGGCAUGCACGGCUUCCUGGACGAGGUGGUGUUCACCGCCGCCUUCAACCUGAUGGAGCGGCGCGCGCUCGGCGGCCACACGUCCCUGUGGUCCUUCCUGAUGUACGGCACGUGCAGCUUCGUGGUUGAGAAGCUGUACGUGCGCCUGCGCUACGCGUGGGGCUGGGGCACGUGGCGGCGGCUGCCCCUCUACGUGGCCUUUAUCUACGCCUGGGAGCUCACGUCGGGACUCGCGCUGAGGCAGGUGGACGCGUGCUCGUGGGAUUACUCCCACUACCCGGGUAACUUCAUGGGGCUGGUGACCAUCGUGUACCUGCCCGGCUGGAUGGGACUGAGUCUGUACCAGGACGUCCUGUCCAACGUGCUGUUCCGUGUCCAGUGGUUGGGGGGGUCGGGGGAGGUUGAGGAUGGGGGGGGAGAGGAGGAGGAGGGGGAGAGUGGGAAGAUGGAUCUAAGUAAAAAGUUGCUUUAAGUUGUGUAAAGAGUCGUUUAAUGAACGAUGAAUAAGGCACCCCCAGGCACUGGAAUUUGCAAACGAGGCGUUUUAUUUAUGUGGGAUUGUUAUUGUUUAUUCUUUCUGGUGUUUUUAACUAUAUUUAUUUACACACGGUCCCAAGUUAGAAUAAAAACAAUUCCAGUGUAAGCAACGCCCUUUCAUUAUUGUGGAUCAAGUUGAUUGACGUUUUCAUUUAAUUAUUUACAUUCCUGACAGAGUCGUGUUUUUUUGGUGUUAGGGUCUCGGCCUCUCCUGGCUUAGACCUGUUGUCGUCGACUGUGUGGCUCCCGGCCAGGGCCUUGUGUCAGGGACCUUUCCUUAGCAUGUGGGUGUUCCAUUACAGAGUGGAAACCGGCCUGACCUGUUCCCGGUGCCAAACACGAAUAGCAACUUCCUGGUGAAGGUGUGACGGAAAUCUCUUGUGAAACCGGGUUGUUAAGAAUUGAAAGUUGGGAGGAUAUUUAUGCGUCGGGAUUUGGGAGGAUAUUUGUUGUUAUCUUGUCUGGGUAUGAGUAUGUUGUUUAGGUUUUACUCUCAUUGGUCGGUCCUACACUGCCAUUUCUAAUGAUUGUGAUUUCACCUUUGGGAAUGUUAUUCACAUUGGGUCCUAUAGGCCUCCUUCAGACAAACAGUAUCACCAUUUUUUGUAAUUUGUAAGUAAACUCAACACCCCUCUUUGGUGUUGGAAGUGCGUUAAAACCAUUCACUAGCAUGCCUUUACAAUUUGUUCUUAUUGCAUGUUGUGCAAAAUGGAACAUAGCCUCCAGGAAGAACAAGGCCAGACCGAUACGUCAAUAUUUGCUGUUAAGCAUAAAAUAACGAAAAUAUAAGAAGACAAAUAUUUUAAAGACGCCUUAAAUUCAAUCCCAAAUUGUUCCUUGUUUAUUGUGUCAGUAACAAAUAUAUAGACUAGGCCUACUUGUUUUCUUUCUCUCUGAAGGACAUACCACUUUCCCCCUAUUUUCGCGUUUGUGUCCACAUCAGCCACGUCCUUGAAUGAAACCUAUUGACACAUGAAAGAGUUGAACGGAUAACACUCGCAGUCACAUGAAGCCAGAGGAAGCGGAGUGUAACCGAGUGGAUUUGACCUGCAGCGAUGGGACUGAAUAUACUGUGAAUCAUUCAAUGGAUCCAAUGAAUCUCCCCCCGUCCCCUAUGCUGGAGUGCCUUGCCUCGAUAUCCAAUGAGGCAGCUGGACUGGAGAGACAAUAGCCCUGUGUUUACUAUGGGGCAUCUGUCUCGCUAGCGAAACUGGAAACACACUUUUAUGACGGCCCGCUGGCAGCCAUUGUUAUCGCCUGACAUAUGGUUUAUUUUCAUGUGAGGAGAUUGUUUGAUUAAAUUGCAAAAUAAUUGUG